ACCCGGCGCUGCAGCACUGGCGGCUACGUUGGAGCGCCUGAACUGUAGGACAUGACCCCGCUCCUGUCAGCGGACACUUACCGUCCAGCGCCGGGUUAUUAGCGGAGACGUGCUCCGGGAGGGGAGGGCGGUCAGCGCACACCAGUGACGGUGAUGGCAGAUCACGCGCAGCCCGCGGCGGCCUCGGCUCCCUGUCUACAGAACGGCUUCCAUGCACCCGGUACCGGAGAGAGCAGCGAUCAUGCGGCCGUGCACCAGCGCUCGCCCCCGGAUCCCCUGCAUCAAGGCUCCCCAGCCAAGAAGAGCAGGAUGAGGAGAAGGCUGGACUCGGGCAGGAGGAGCAGACCCCCCUUCCCAUGGUUUGGAAUGGACAUUGGGGGAACUCUGGUGAAGCUAGUUUACUUUGAGCCUAAAGAUAUCACGGCAGAAGAAGAACAAGAGGAGGUUGAAAACCUGAAAAGCAUAAGAAAAUACUUGACUUCAAAUACAGCGUACGGUAAAACUGGUGUCCGGGAUGUCCACCUGGAACUGAAAAACUUGACCAUGUGCGGCCGCAAGGGCAAUUUGCACUUCAUCCGCUUCCCCACCUGUGCUAUGCACAGGUUUAUCCAGAUGGGGAGCGAGAAAAACUUCUCCAGCCUGCAUACCACACUUUGUGCCACCGGCGGUGGGGCCUACAAGUUUGAAGAGGACUUCAGGACGAUAGCUGACCUCCAGCUCCAUAAACUUGAUGAACUGGAUUGUCUAAUCCGAGGCCUGCUUUAUGUCGAUUCUGUUGGCUUUAAUGGCCGUCCAGAAUGCUACUACUUUGACAACCCGACGGACCCAGAGCAAUGUCACAAGAAGCCAUAUUGCCUUGAUAAUCCAUAUCCUAUGUUGCUGGUUAACAUAGGAUCAGGAGUCAGCAUUCUUGCAGUGUAUUCUAAAGACAACUAUAAAAGAGUAACUGGGACCAGUCUAGGAGGAGGAACAUUCCUUGGCCUGUGCUGCUUGCUGACGGGUUGUGAAACGUUUGAGGAAGCUUUGGAAAUGGCAGCGAAAGGAGACAGCACUAAUGUCGAUAAACUGGUGAAAGACAUCUAUGGCGGGGACUAUGAGCGGUUCAGCCUUCAGGGCUCUGCUGUUGCCUCCAGCUUUGGCCACAUGAUGAGCAAAGAGAAAAGGGAUACCAUAAGCAAGGAGGACUUGGCGAGAGCGACGCUGGUUACCAUUACUAACAACAUAGGAUCCAUUGCUCGUAUGUGCGCCGUCAAUGAGAACAUUGACAGAGUGGUGUUUGUUGGGAACUUUCUAAGAAUCAACAUGGUCUCGAUGACGCUGCUGUCUUAUGCAAUGGAUUACUGGUCAAAAGGACAACUGAAAGCCCUCUUUUUGGAACAUGAGGGUUACUUCGGAGCAGUCGGAGCCCUGCUGGAGCUUUUCAAGAUGAAUGACGAGCACUGAAAGAAGACGCUGCCUCCGAUGUUUGUGCUGCUCAAUGCCGUUGUCUGAGCUUCCAGAAGGCCCAUGAAGCCAUGUCAGAUGAAUGAAUCCUGUAAAUAGCGAGGACGGAGAGACUGUACAUAGAUCUGUACAUUUUACUGUAAAAACAAACCGUGCACCAUGGCCAAAUGUACUGUAGUGAUCGGGAACUGAUUUUAUUGCAGUAAUUCCUUUUUUCUAUUUAUUUUCUGUAAAUAGCCUUAUAAUCUGCCCUUGGUGAAGGGCUGCUGCUGUUAAACCUGGAGAUCUGAUUUUAUGCUUUUCUGUCUGAGAUAGUAUGAAUAUAGACAAAUCUGUAAAUGUAAUAAGGAGGUGCCUGGCGGGCAACAUGACGUUGCCUACGGAGAAUGUGGGACUGUGUAAUAAAACCCAUGAAUAAUGUUAGAUAAUGUGCACUUUCCAACCUUCAGUCCUGUAAAAUUUUACAUGGUACUUAACAAUCUGUCGUUGGCGGCACCCGUAGGAUGGCGGACCCUUUGUCCAGGUCUGGACCGGAAGUAACCCAUUCUUUUCCUGUAGUAGUAUAUGCAGCUGAACAGGAAAAGAAGCAGCCACUUCCGGGCAGAAGAGGCCGCAUCCUGUAUCAACGCAACGGAGAUGGCCGCGUCAAUGGGGCAGGGGUGGGUAAGUACUAGAGUUGAGUGAAGCAAGCUUCGGAUGCUUCGUCCAAAGUCAAU